AUGAUAGAUUCUCAGGAUACUUCAAUGAUUUUCGAAAGAGAUGUAGAGGACCCCCUGUCUCCUACUACCACGAAUACAAACAACUACACUUCUUCAUCUCCAUUAUCUCUUUCAAGACAACAAAGUAACACUAGUAUAUAUUCAAAUAUGAAUAAUAAUAACGCUAAUGCCGCAAGUAAUAACAAUCUAGUUAACUCAACUACUCAUCAUAAUUUAGAGAACUUGAUCCCUCCUGCGCUAGAUGCCAGUUGUUCAAUUAUAACCGACGAGAAUACUAAUUUGAACGAUGUAGAUUUAAUAUAUUCAAGAAGACCCUCAACUAUUGGGUUAGACAUGGCACUGGGGAACAGAUAUUUUAAAGAUUCCCACCAAUUCUCAAAUUCAAAUUCAUCUUCUUCAGCAAAUUUGUAUAGGUCCCAGUCUCAUUCAAUUGCAUCCCCUUCUUCUCCACAUUUAUAUUUAUCAAGGACAUACUCAAAUACCAAUAAUAAUAACAAUAAUAAUCCUUCAAGAGUUGCGUCUCCUACUGAUCCUCACCAUAAAUUAUUGAGAUUUUAUUCUUAUGCAGACAUGUUAUCUGAUGAAAUGACAGACUCUUCUUCUUCAGGGCCUUCACCUUCAACCCAUAGACAGUCACAUUCUUUGGCUUCUCCUGUAGCUGGAAAACAGUUUAACACAUUUAAUAACCCUUUCAUUAAAAAUAAGUCAUUAUCUCCAAAUUCUUCAACUCCUCACCCUUCAGCUGCUUUCCAGUUCGAUAAUUCUAAUAGUGAUUCUACCUCAACUACAGAUGAUGAAAAUGACAUGGAAAAUGAUGAGGACAAUAGAACUCUAGAUCCAACCAAUUUAUCAACUUUAAAUUCAUUGUUACAGCAUCCAAGACCAAAUAUACCCUCAAAUUCAUCAAAGCCUCGUCUAUUAAGGGCUAGGUCCUCGUCAAAUGCAAAUAUGAAUCCGAAUAGUGGUUACACUUCCUUACGAUCUUCUGGUCUGACUCCAUUAUUUAGAGCAAGAACAUAUUCCUCAACAUCAGGACUGUCUCCCUCUCAAACCCCAGUAAUGUCAAGGUCAAGACGUUCUCCAAGCCAGUAUUUCAUUUAUAAUGAAGAUACUCUGGCGCCAUUACAAACUGAUAAUUUAGGUGAGGUUCUAAGGAAAAAAAUGAGUCGCACUGCAACUGACACUCCAACUAUCGAUGGUGCAUUGAAUUGA